UUACUGAUUUAGUGAUGGAUGCCUGUAGUAUCGUCUACUACUAGUGUAAAUAAUUGUAAAUUUUAAGUUUUAUUUCGUUAUAACGGGUACCUGACUACUUUGUAAAUAUAAUAACGUAACACGUAACAUCAUGCCUUUUUUAAGAAAAAAGUCUAGCAAAAAGAUAAACGCGGAAAAUGGCAAUGACAAUUUGAUUGGAGAUGUAACCAUUGACGAUUUUGCAAAUUCAUCACGGACUCACGCUAGAUUUAGAAAGGCGGUGACAAAUCUUUUCUCCGAAGUGAAACAAAAAGCAACAGUACAAGAGGAAGAUUGGAAAGAGGAGAUGGAUGAAAGUGAUCAAAAUUUAUCUGAUGCAAAUAAGUCGAAGAAAAACAGUAAAGGUGUCUCGACUAGUCAAAGGAGAAGUAGAAAAACAAGUUCUUCCGAAAAGAAUGUAAUAGAAGAUGAAGGUGUAGAUUAUCCAUUAGAUAUAUGGUUUAUUAUAUCCGAAUACAUUAGUCCAGAGGCUGUUGGAAAAUUUGCUCGGAUAUGUAGAAGUUCUUACCAUGUAACAACCACUGGAAAAUUUUGGUUUCAUUUGUAUAAGUCGUAUUAUAAGUUUGUUCCUAGCUUACCGGAACGUUUGCAACCACAAUGUAUGGUUCGUACGCACGGGCUUCGUGCUUGUGUUAUUAGAACGUUACAUUACACUUAUUUUGCCUUGAAAAGAGAAGUUGACGACGUAUCUUAUUUGAGACAAGACGAGCCUCACUCUCUAGUAAAGAGACGGUGUUGCCUUAUGUGGCAUAAAAAAGGAAAAAUGCGAUGGUAUUUCUAUUUCAAAUUAAAAGAAAUUCCAAAAUCAACCAACUCGCUGAAACAGAAAUCCAAGAUAAAUGUUAAGAAAACAGAUUUUCUUGAAAUGUUGGAAGAUGUAGCUGUAAAUCCAGAAGAGGGCUGUAAAGUACUUAGGGUAUUUAUUGUAACUUGUUUAAAAUAUAGUAUGUUGCCACCUGUAAUCGGUUUGAUCCUGCAAUCAGUGUCGAUGACUUUAAUGCCAGGUUUUAAAGAUCAUCGAUUGCAGCUUGGAUUUGGAACAUCAGAUAUUCCUGGUACAUUGACGAAUCAAGUUAUUUUAAAUGAUGUUGUUAAUUGUCAAAUUUUAGAUUGGUGGCAUCCACUGUAUCCCCACCAAGAUGGUAUAACUACAAUUGAACUACCACAGAGUGAUUUGUGGGAGUAGAAAAUUGUUGUUAAAAAAUUCCAUGUUUCACAAUCAAUCGGUUAAAACAUACGAUUACGAGUUUUGUAAUAUAAACAUAAUAUAUAUGUAAAUAAUAGAUUAAAUGUCUGUUAAGUAAAA